UUCGCCUCUCUUCAACAGCGCCAAACGACCCUCGUCCCCGACAACAACCCCGUCAACCCACCCCCCCUACAACAUCUCAAGAUGACUCACGAGUCCGUUUGGUACAGCCGGCCCCGCAAGUACGGCAAGGGCUCCCGCGAGUGCCGUGUCUGCUCCCACCGCGCUGGUCUGAUCCGCAAGUACGGCAUGAACAUCUGCCGUCAGUGCUUCCGUGAGAAGUCCACCGACAUCGGUUUCGUCAAGGUUCGUUUCCACCACUCGCUACACCGACUCGAGGAUGAUAAGAACGAUUUGCAUUUGCAAUUGCAUCGACGCACUCAACCGGUCUCCAACCGAACACACGCACUAACAUUCAUCCCUACAGUACCGUUAAAUCAAAAAUGA